ACCACUUCUAUUAAGAGACGAAAUAUCUUAAUAGACCAUCAUUUUGUACCCAAUUGUUAAGCUUAUGUACAAAUUGAAUUAUAUUAAGACAUCAUUGUGUUAAGAUACCAUUUAUGGCUUCCCUUGGCCUUUAAUUACAGGUUACACUGUAUCUAUGAUUCAGUUGUACACUUAAAAACAUGAUAUUAUCAUCGUUAUAGAUAAAGUACAGCAUGGUUGGUGAGAACGGAGAUGCUGAUGUACCAACACCAAACAAGUAUUUUCGGACAUUCAAUGAUGACAUGGCGGUGCAGGAAUAUGGUAAGAUCUUGUUGGAGUACCUUUCUUCCAAACCCGACUCGACAACUGUGAAUCGUCAACGUCUUGACGAUGAUUUCGUUAAUUUUGAAUCGAAGUGCAGACAAAACAAGGCUGUGUACUAUGCAGCAUAUCCCAAUGUUACAAGAAUUUGCGAGAAAGUGUUUAUUACACCGGCGGACAGGGCAGCGCAUUAUGACAUAAACAAUAAAAGCAAAGCUGAUCUGCAGUCCAUUAUAAAAUCUUUGUUACAGGAAAUAAGAAGCCAUGGUGGACACGAAGAGGCAGAGUAUAUAUCAAAGCAAUGGGCGAAGAAGCUGAGGUGUGGAACGAAGAAUGUCUUGCUCACAGUAUAUCAAGAAUUAUGUCAGUGUCUGGAAGAAGUCGCUUCAAGGGAACAAACAUUGGAGAGUGACUCAGAAAGCCAAGAAGACGGUACGACAGUGGCGCCGCAGGAGGAGUUACAACUUCCCCAGUCUGAUCAUCCCUCACAAGGCCGUCUUCUCUUGCGCUGAAGGCAACGUCCUUCACCUUUACCUCCACAUCAUCCCCAGUCAUUGUUGCAUAUUCAAUAGCCUAUACGAUAUAUGUACACUAAUUACAUGUAUUACAGUAAGUUAUUUUUACAAAUAUUAUUUGCAGUUUCAAAGAUUAUCGAUUAUGACAAUAGGAAGAUAAUGAAAUGGUGAUCGAUUAUUGAUGCUAGAUUACAUCUUUGGAGGAUGCAUUUUAAUCGAAAAAACAUAGAAGUCACGUUUGCGAUAAGUGUCCACAUUUUAUAACAAAAAGAUAAUAUUUUACUUUUACAUGUACCAGUAUUCUGUCUGUAACAACAACAACUAUACCAGUAAACAUGCUAUAAAUGUUAAAACAAGGAAAAAGCAGAUCGUGGAUGUUAAAAAAUAUCUUUGAUUUUUAUCUGAAAACAUAAUCGAAUAAUAAUCGAUGAUUUAUUGAAAAAGUAUUUCCGUUUAUUUUUUAUAGUUCAUUAUGAAUAUAGACUAGAAAUAUGGUGACACCUUUGUUAUACUAAUUUGUUUAAUUAAUAGUAUAAUUUUCUACAUUGGAUUAUUUGUACAUAACGGGUUAUACAUUAACCUGGUUGCCUUUUUGAAAAGAUUUCUCUUUCUCGUGCAUCGUACAUACUGGCGUUUUUUUCUGUCUUUUAUGUGCUCUACCAGGACCUGGCCUGACCUCCUCUUUGUCAUGGCUUUCGCUGGCACCUCUUUUUUGUGGGCUGUUUGCUUAGCCGGUUGUUUGCUGUACUUCGUUGUCGUCUGAUUAACACACAGAAACAAUACCUAUGUUAUUUGUGAUUUUGAACAUUCCACGAACGUUAAAUAUAAUAAUUCUGAACAUUUUUAGCUCGACUAUACGAAGUAUAUGGAGAGCUGUCCUACUCGCCCCGGCGUCGGCGUCCGCGUCCAGAUUUUAGAUUAAAGUUUUAGUGCAGUAAAAUAUUUUUCACUAUAACUUUGUCAUUUCUUAAAGUAUCAACUUCAAAUAUGUGUUCCUUAUCAUCAACCACAUCUUAUGUGACAAGGUUCAUAACUCUAGCACCAAUAUUUUCAGAUUUAUCUCCCCUUGAACUUAGAAUUUUCCUCAAAAAAUACUAUUUCCUACUGUUUCUUCUUUAUUUCUUAAGGGAUCAACCUCAUACUUCAAAUAUAUUUACGUUAUCAUCAUCCCCAUCUUAUGUGACAACGUUCAUAACUCUAGCACCAAUAUUUUCAGAUUUAUCUCCCUUUGAACUUAGAAUUUUCCAUAAAAAUAUUAUUUUUUACUGUUACUUAUUUAUUUCUAAAGGGAUCAACUUUAUACUUCAAAUAUAUUUACGUUAUCAUCAUCCAUAUCUUAUGUGACAAGGUUCAUAACUCUAGCACCAAUAUUGCAAGAAUUAUCUCCCCAUAAACUUAGAUUUUUUUACUAGAAAAAUGUUAUUUUUUAUUAUAACUUUUUUAUUUUUAAAGGUAUCUACCUCUAACUUCAAAUACUUAUUCCUUAUCAUCAAUUACAUUUUAUGUGACAAUGUUCAUAACUCUUGAAGCAAUAUUUACAGAUUUAUCUCUCUUUGAACUUAGGAUUUUCUUUAAGAAAUAUAAUAACUUCUUUACUUUUUAAGGUAUCUACUUCAAACUUCAAAUAUAUAUUCAAACCUUUUCCACGGGGAAAUAGUGCAGUCCAUGACUGACAGAUUUGUAUUUUUACACAUGAUCGAAUUUGUAUAAACACAAAUAAUUUGUAAUUUUACAAAUUAUUUGUAAAUUUACCAGUUUCCUAGACCUGAU